AGAAGAAGAAGAAGAAGAAGAGCGCCAUUGCGUGUUUCGCGCCUGAACAGAGAGGACUGGAGCCAUUGCUCCUCGUUUCAAUGAUAAACUUUUAAAACAGCCACAGAAGACUUGGUCACAGCAGCCAUGAGGCGGACGAAAGCGGACGUGGAGCGCUAUAUUUCUACGGUUCAGAGCGCCUCUCCCUCGCAGAAAGCGAAGCCCGUCAAAGGAUUUCUCUUUGCUAAACUCUACUUUGAGGCUAAGGAGUAUGAGCUGGCUAAAAGACAUGUUUCGGAGUAUCUGACCGUCCAGCCGAAGGACCCUAAAGCGCACAAGUUCCUCGGGCAGCUGUUUGAGCGUGACGGCGAAACAGACAAAGCUGUGGGAUGUUACAAGCGCUCGGUGGAUCUGAAUCCGGCUCAGCACGAUCUGGUCCUGAAGGUGGCCGAGCUGCUGUGCAGUAAACCGGAGCAUGACAGCCGAGCUGAGUUCUGGGUGGAGAAAGCUGCCAGGCUUCUGCCGGGACAUCCGGGCGUCUUCAGUCUGAGGGAGAAGCUUCUGAGCGCUCAGAGCGGCUCCAACCAGCUGUACGAGCUGCUGCAGGCGGAGCUCAAGCUGCGGCCCUCCGACACCUACAUCAACCAGAAGCUGGUGCAGCUCUACAGUGCCGAGGGCCGGCUCCAGGACGCCGUCAAACACUGCCUCGCUGUGGAGAGAGCCGGCGUCCUGAGACACUGUCUGCAGUGGUACCAGCUGUUAGUCAGCACCCUGCAGGAGUACAUCUGCCAGCCGAGCAUGUUGUCGAACGAACAAGCGUCACGCAAGUUUCAGAAAGAGCUGCUUCUGGCGCAUUGUAGCUGUGUGAGACUGACGCUGACACUGAAGGACUGUGAGGAGAGCACCGCUGCACUCUGGAGUUUUGACUGUGCGAUGCAGGCUCUGAAGAACACGGCCACAAACACUGCGGACGAGCUGGCGGAGGUGUUCACGGAGAUGAGAGCGCACCUGUACCUGUACUCCGGGAUGCUGCUGCUGAAGAAGGCACAGGACGGGGCGCAGCAGUGGAGGGCUAUGCUGGAUCUGGCCGCUCUCUGUUAUCUCGUAUCUUAUCAGGCUCCGAGACCCAAAGCCAGGAGCUUCAAGAGUGAGCAGGCGUCCCAUGAGCCUCUGGAGCUGCUGGCCUGUGAUCGUCAGAGUCAGGCGGGUCACAUGCUGCUGAACCUGAGCCGGGACGUGGAGCAGCUGCUGAAGGAUGUGGUGGAGGCCUUCGGGAACCGGAGCGGCACGGGCCGUCUGUUUGACCAGCUGUUCAGUGCACAGACGCAGGAGCAGCUCUCCUUCAUCUGCAACGAUGAUAUUCAUGUCCUCAGCGUACAUGUGCCCAAAGCCGUGGAUCUGGCCAAGUGUGACAGCGGAGCGGUGCUGCUGCACGCGGGUGAUCUGCAGCAGCUGGCGUGGCUCGGUCUGCAGUGGGCGCUCAUGGGUCAAAGCGUGAGUCUGCAGGACUGGCUCAAGCAGCUCUUCCCUCGCCUCACGCUCGAGACCUCCAAACUGGACACCAACGCGCCGGAAUCCAUCUGCCUGCUGGACCUGGAGGUGUUCGUGUGCGGCGUGGUGUUCUGCAGUCAGGCGCAGCUGCAGGAGCGGGGGAAGAUGGCCUGCUCUCAGCCGCACGAGCCGCGCUGUCUGCCGCUGCACAUCAUGAAGCUGCUGUCGUCUGACAGACAGAGAGAGUGGUGGGAUGCUGUCUACAGCCUGAUUCACAAGAGAGCGCAGCCCGGGACGUCUGCUAAACUGCGUCUGCUCGUUCAGCACGGUCUGGGCACUCUGCGCGCCGGAGAGAAACACGGCCUGCAGCCGGCGCUGCUCAUGCACUGGGCUAAACAUCUGACUGACGCGGCGCAGCUGCAGGAGCGGGGGAAGAUGGCCUGCUCUCAGCCGCACGAGCCGCGCUGUCUGCCGCUGCACAUCAUGAAGCUGCUGUCGUCUGACAGACAGAGAGAGUGGUGGGAUGCUGUCUACAGCCUGAUUCACAAGAGAGCGCAGCCCGGGACGUCUGCUAAACUGCGUCUGCUCGUGCAGCACGGUCUGGGCACUCUGCGCGCCGGAGAGAAACACGGCCUGCAGCCGGCGCUGCUCAUGCACUGGGCUAAACAUCUGAUUGACGCGUUACCGGUGUCUAUGGAGGAGGUGAUGGAUUUGUUGAAUGAGGUCACCCAGCAGCUUGAAGAUGUUGGUGAGAUGUGUGAAGAUCGGGUGGACUAUCCUGUGACAUCCAGCCCCGGGCAGCCCGCUGAAGGCCAUGUCAGAUUCUCCACUCCUUCCCCAUCCAAGAGUGUGACGUCUCCGUCCAAAAGAUCUGUGUUCUCCCCCAAAACACCUCCUCACUGGGUGGAGGACCAGAAGUCACUGCUGCAGAUGUUAUGCCAGCAGGUCGAGGCCUUGAAGAAUGAGGUUCAUGACCUGCGCCAUAACUCUUCAGAUGCCACGCCAUCCUCGUAUAGGAUGCAUAGAGACAAUUAUGCUGCAGAAGGACUUCAGGAAACAUUUCCUGCGGCGCAGACACUCCACGGUGUUCCUCUCACUGUCUUGUUCACUUUCAACAUUCAAAUAUACAGACGAUACGCAACAGUAGACGUGAGAAACAAUGAGGCUUGUGCAGGUUCUUUCCUCUAUGUGGGGGAUCCAGCAUAUAAUUCACAGUAUCUUCUGCACACCGCUGCGAAUGUCACACCAACAAAGGGCCCAGUAUAUGGGAUGAAUCGUCUUCCUCCACAGCAGCAUAUGUAUGCCUACCAACAAUCAACACACACCCCACCUCUCCAGUCAACACCCGCAUGCAUGUAUCCUCAAGAGCAAGUCUUCGGUCCUCCCAUCCGCUUUGAGUCACCAGCUACAUCCUUACUCUCCCCAUACAGUGAGGAGUAUUACGGUCACAAUGUUCCUCAGCCCACAGUCAAUCCAACAUUGCCAGAGCCUGGAUAUUUCACUAAGCCAUGUGCCGUUACAUCCACACAGCCAUCCAGGAGCACUGAAAGCAAGGCUGCUGAUCCCAAGAUGAGUUUUGGGCCGCAGCUCACAGGUGAACCUGCUAAGUUUCCCAACUUUGGAGCAGUAUCUGCCGGCCCAACAACAACAGCAUCAACUGCGUUCAAGUUCAACUCCAAUUUCAAAUCCAAUGAUGGCGAUUUCACCUUCUCCUCUGCUCAGGAGAAAAAUAGUGAAAGCCUCUUGGGACUUCUGACGUCAGAUAUUCCUCCCAAAGCAGAGGUACCGUCAGAACCAAAUCAUCAGGCCCCAGACCAGCCGCCUAGCCAGAGCGGAGUCUUUACUUUUGGGGGUAAUGCCACAGAAUUGUCAUUCACUGAUGGUGCUCAGAACAAAGUGAGUAUUUUUGGCAACGCUGACCAAAGAUGUAGUUUUACAAGUGGAACCAAGCCAACAUUAGGGAAUUCAGAGCCUCGGGAAGAGAAAAGUGGGGCGAGUGACAAUGAUAGCACCCAUGUGCAAGAGGACGAGGAUGGGCCUCAUUUUGAGCCCAUUGUGCCUCUACCUGAUAAGGUCGACGUGAAAACUGGUGAGGAGGAGGAAGAGGAGAUGUUCUGCAAGAGAGCAAAACUCUUCCGAUUUGACUCGGAGUCUAAAGAAUGGAAAGAGAGGGGCGUUGGCAGUAUCAAAAUCCUGAAGCACAAAACCUCCGGGAAGGUUCGUCUGUUGAUGAGGAGGGAGCAGGUUCUGAAAAUCUGCGCCAAUCACUAUAUCACUGCCGACAUGGCCCUCAAACCAAAUGCUGGAUCUGACAAAUCCUGGGUGUGGUACGCUAUGGACUAUGCAGAUGAAAUGCCGAGGACUGAGCAGUUGGCCAUUCGUUUUAAAACGGCAGACGAGGCGGCACUGUUUAAAGUUAAAUUUGAGGAGGCUCAAAAAUUCCUUUCGGAAUCCCCACAAAGCCAACAGGCUGAAAAGGAAAGCGAAAUUCCACAGCCUCAGGUUUCAUCCAAAGAAGUGGAUCUCAAAACCCGGUUUUCCAAGAAGGCGGGUGAAUGGGACUGUGACAUGUGCUGUGUAAGAAACGCUCCCACGUCUGCGGUAUGCGUGGCCUGCAGCAGUGCAGCUCCUUCUACAGCACAGGUCAAACCUGUAGAGGAACCCAAAGAAAGCGAAAUUCCACAGCCUCAGGUUUCAUCCAAAGAAGUGGAUCUCAAAACCCGGUUUUCCAAGAAGGCGGGUGAAUGGGACUGUGACAUGUGCUGUGUAAGAAACGCUCCCACGUCUGCGGUAUGCGUGGCCUGCAGCAGUGCAGCUCCUUCUACAGCACAGGUCAAACCUGUAGAGGAACCCAAAGCCUCUGGCCCUGAGGCUCCUCCUGCCAAAUUGUUUUCUUUUGGACUUUCUGGAGAUUCCGCUAAAAGCGCCACCAGCACUGAUGUCAGCUCAAAGGGCUUCAUUUUUGGAUCUCAAAUACCAGUUUCUUUUAAGUUUGGAUCGAAUGAUAAUGCCGUCACAUCUGCUGGCUUUGGAGCUCAGACUGAGAAGAAAACAAUUCAGCCUGAUGCACCACAACAAGAGAAAGUGUCAGCAGCUCCAGCAGUCCCAUCUGGCACUGGAUUUGGUGCUCAGUUUGCCAAGAAAGAGGGUCAGUGGGACUGUGACUCCUGCCUAGUGAGGAAUGAUGCCUCAGUAGCUGAAUGCGUUUCUUGCCAAGCCCCCUGCAGCACUGAAAAAAGUAAAGCAACAUCACAAGGUGGGCUAGCUGCCAUGUUUGGUAAAAAAGAUGGACAGUGGGACUGUGACACUUGCCUGGUAAGAAACGAAGGUUCGUCCAGCCAUUGUGUUUCAUGUCAGACAGCAAACCCAAAUAUGAAAAACAAGACCUCUGCUGCACCAUCAAGUUCCUCUCUUGCCUUCAGUUUUGGUAGUUCUAGCAGCCAACCUGCUGCGACAGGAUUUAAAGCCAACUUCAAUCCAGGCACUGCUUCCUUUCAGUUCGGCACAAGUCAGGAUAAAGCCUCCUCAGAAGGCUUCAAGUUUGAGUCCUCCACAACUGAGGCUGAAAAGUCAUCAGGCAGUUCAAGUUUUCCCUUUUCCAUGCCGGCGCCUGUUGGCGGAUUUAAGUUUGGCAUUGCAGAAUCUGAGGCAAAACCAUCAGAUGAACAGUCCCAAAAUGGAUCUGCGUCUGACCUCCUCAAAAAUAUUGCUGAGCUUCACAAAGAGAAAGAGAAAGAGGCAGGCCCAAGUUCCUCAGAACAGUCUGUAGACGCUGAUAGUCACGAUAAUAAUCCCCUCUUUACUGGAAAGCCUAACGCCUUUAGUUUCGCUGACUUGGCGAAGUCACAAGGCAGUUUUCAGUUUGGCCAGAAUGAUCCCGCUUUCAAAGGCUUUGCAGGGGCUGGCGAGCAGCUCUUUACAGGAGUUCAUUCCAGCUCCAAGGCCGACACCUCUGUCGAUCAAGAUGAUGAAAUGUACAAAACCGAUGAGAAUGACGAUAUUCAGUUUGAGCCCGUUGUUCAGAUGCCGGAGAAGGUCGACCUUGUUACAGGCGAAGAAGAUGAGAAAGUCUUGUAUUCACAGCGUGUCAAACUCUUCAGAUUUGAUACGGAAACAAACCAAUGGAAAGAAAGAGGAGUCGGCAACCUUAAACUGCUCAAGAAUAACCAGAACGGGAGACUUCGAGUUCUUAUGAGGAGAGACCAGGUGUUGAAAGUGUGUGCUAAUCAUUGGAUCACAACCACAAUGAACUUAAAGCCCCUCUCUGGCUCGGAUCAAGCCUGGAUGUGGAUAGCCAGUGACUUCUCAGAUGGAGAUGCCAAAUUAGAACAACUUGCUGCAAAAUUAAAAACACCUGAGCUUGCAGAAGAGUUCAAGCUGAAAUUCGAGGAGUGUCAGCGACUGCUUUUGGACAUUCCUUUGCAGACGCCUCACAAGCUCGUGAACACUGGCAGAACAGCCCAGCUUAUACAGAAAGCUGAAGAAAUGAAAUCUGGGCUUAAGGACCUCAAAUCAUUCUUGACUUGCCAAAACAAGGAUGACGAAAGUGCCGAUACAAGUCAUAGUACCUCUGCAGUUGUAGUUAAGCUCGACUCUGAAAGCUCCAUACCCACUUUAGAAUGGGAUAAUUAUGAUUUGCGAGAGGAAACGCAUGAGGACUGUGCCAGCUCCUCUGUGUGCAAUACUCCUUUGCAGCCUGAUCCAGUAGCUAAAAAUUUAUUCCGCUUUGGCGAAUCGUCCACAGGCUUCAGUUUCAGUUUUCAGCCUAUUCUCAGUCCCUCUAAGUCUCCAUCUAAGCUAAACCAGAGCCAGGCUUCUGUUGGCACAGAUGAUGAGCAAGAAGCGUCGCAGGAGGAAGAGCGAGAUGGUCAGUACUUCGAGCCUGUUGUGCCAAUGCCUGAUCUUGUUGAGGUCUCAACAGGAGAGGAGAACGAGCAAGUCCUUUUCAGUCACCGGGCCAAAUUAUACCGCUAUGAUAAAGAUCUCAGUCAGUGGAAGGAACGAGGUAUAGGAGACCUUAGAAUACUACAACACUUCGAAACAAAGCGUGUCAGACUCGUGAUGAGACGGGACCAGGUCCUCAAACUGUGUGCAAACCAUUGGAUUGCUUCCAAUAUGAAGCUCGAGCCCAUGAAAGGAGCCGAGAAAGCGUGGAUCUGGAGUGCCUUUGAUUUUGCUGAAGAGCAGGGCACGGUGGAACAGCUGGCGGUUCGAUUUAAACUGCAGGAAACUGCAGAUGCUUUCAAAGAAAUCUUCGAAGAGGCGAGGACUGCACAGGAAAAAGACACUCUACUCGCCCCGUUUUCUGCGAGAGUACCUGCCUCCACCCAGGAGACGCUUUGUGGCCAGGCUGCAGUUGCUGUACUUGAGGAAACCACAAAAGAACGUACCGGACUCUCUGAGGAAGACAGUCCUAAACCGGAUGGGACACCGGGGGCAAAGCUUGGCGCUCAAAGCAGCAAGAAUGUGGUUUCUCCUCCUAAGUUUGUCUUUGGGUCAGACUCUGUGCAGAAGAUCUUUGGAAGCCCUUCGCCAUCAAAAGAAAAGUCUCCGGUUGUGAUUCCCAGUUCAGAAGAUGAGGAAGUGGGUGCCUCGAGACUGAAAACCUCUGGACCAGCAGUGACCAGCCAGUCAUCGGUUGGAACUCCUUUCAGCAUACCAACAAGAACUUGUUUUCCAUCUGCCAAGCAGAAGAGCGCUCCGGACGAGUGUGAUGAUGAUGAUGAUGAUGAUGAUGAUGUUGAGAUGGUAUUUGAGCUGGAGCCCACGAGAGAGCAAGCAGAGCUGGCAGCCAGACUGAUGCUUCCUCAUACCUUCUUCUGUUAUAAAAACCGUCCAGGAUACGUCAGCGACGAUGACCGCGAUGAUGAGGAUUUUGAGAGCGCAGUGAGGAGUCUGAAGGGGAAGCUGUGUGCGGAUGGAGCCGAUGGAGCGUCUGAUCACGACUCGGAGGUCAGUCUGGUGUGGGAGAAGCUUCCGACUGCAGACGAGGAGCAGCGAGCCAGACGCCUCCUGCUGUCUCCCACCGUCCUGUGCAGUGUCAGCAGCGACUCCGAGCCGGAGGCAGAGAAACCAGACGACUUCAGCACUAAGCUGCAGCAGACGCAGGUGACGAGUGUUUCUGAUCUUCACAUCGCUGUGAGCACAGCACCCGCUCUGGACACACAGGUGAAGCCCGAGCCUUCCCAUGAUGCAGCAGCUGUGGACACAAGCAGCGGCGGAGCAGAAGAGCGUCAGACUGACGGCAGCCGUCCCAUCGACCUCUCCACCAAGAGAAGCAGUGAGAGCGACAGCACCGCUACAGUAGGUCUCUCUUUUGGAUUUGAAUCUGCGGGUGAGGUUUCAUUUGCAGAACUGGCAAAGGGUUCAGGUGAAUUUGCAUUUUGCAAAAGAGAUGAUGAUUUCUCAUGGUCAGGCGCAGGAGCCACAGUCUUUGGAAGUACAGGGACACAAAAGGAAGGAGAAAAAACAAGCCAUGAAGCAGAAGAGGAGGGCUGUGAUGAAGAGACGACUCAUAAUGAGGAGGUCCACUUUGAGCCGAUCGUGUCCCUGCCUGAGGUGGAGGUGAGGUCUGGUGAGGAGGACGAGGAGAUCCUGUUCAGAGAAAGAGCCAAACUGUACCGCUGGGACCGCGAGCUCAACCAGUGGAAGGAGCGCGGCGUGGGAGACCUCAAGAUCCUCUUCCACCCGCUGAAGAAGAGCUACCGCCUGCUGAUGAGCCGCGAGCAGGUGCUCAGAGUCUGCGCCAACCACAGCAUCAGCCCGAGCAUCGAGCUCAAGCCCAUGAACACCUCGGCUAACUCUCUGGUGUGGACCGCCACAGACCACUCAGAGGGAGACGGGAAAGUCGAGCAGCUGGCGGCCAAGUUCAAGACUCCAGAGCUGGCGGAGUCCUUCACACGAGCCUUCACAGACUGCCAGAGCCGCAUGUGUCAGACUGACGCUGCUCAGACGUCUGCCGCCGAGGCGCUGUCUCGAGGCUCCAACCCUGUGGUGUUCUUCGACAUCGCCGUAGAUGACGAGCAUGCUGGGAGAGUCGUCAUGGAGCUCUUCGCUCACAUCCUGCCCAGAACGGCGGAGAACUUCCGGGCUCUGUGUACGGGAGAGAUGGGCUUCAGUUACCGCCAGUCCGUCUUCCACAGGAUCAUCCCGGACUUCGUGUGUCAGGGCGGUGAUAUCACCAGCCAGGAUGGGACGGGAGGGAAGUCCAUCUACGGAGCGAAGUUUGAGGACGAGAGCUUCGAGGUGAGGCACACGGGGCCGGGGCUGCUGUCCAUGGCCAACCACGGCAGAGACACCAACAACUCACAGUUCUUCACCACCCUCAAGAAAGCAGAGCACUUUGACUUCAAGCACGUGGCCUUCGGAUUCGUCAAAGACGGCAUGGAUGUGGUGAGGAGAAUCGGAGAGCUGGGCGCUAAAGACGGGAAACCCACGGAAACCAUCACCAUCUCGGACUGUGGGCAGAUUCUUUAAGCUGUUCUACACAAACUACUGUUCAUCAUGUUCGAGACCGUGUUCCCUGAACUCUUGUGUAAAUCAGAACUUGUAUACGCAGUGGUUUUAUUCUUGUCCUGUUUGUAUGUUAAUAAAGUGGACAGCACUAGUUGACAAUAAAAUUCAUGC